CGCGGCGUUACGAAAAUAGAGUUAUAAAAGUUCUUGCCAGUAACCAUCGACUGCAAGCAAGUCACUGUAGAUUACCAUUCAUCACUCUCAUUUCACUCACUGCAGAUGCGAUUGCGAUCCACACGAAAGGCUCGUAGAGGACUCUCAGACGAAUCAUGUUUGGCUCAGUGGUUGUGGGUAUAGGCAUCGCAGGAUGUGUAAGAAUGCGAGAUUUACUGGCUCCUUUACCAUCAAGUGCUGCGGAAAAUCUCAUCAUCAAAGGAUUUGUCUCCAGGAGGAGCCUUGAAGAUCAGCAGGGAGUGAAACAGAUCUCCAUGACAGAGGCGUUAAACAUGGAAGACAUCCAGGUGGCUUUUAUAUGCACUGAAAACAAGAACCAUGAAGAGCACAUCAGACAGUUCUUGGAGGCGGGAAAGCAUGUGUGCGUUGAGUAUCCCAUGACUCUUAGCCACACAUCUGCGGUGGAGCUGUGGGACCUGGCUCAACAGAAGGGCUUAGUGCUACAUGAAGAACAUAUUGAACUCUUCACCCCUGAUUUUAAACAGCUGAAAAAAGACAUAGCUGGAAAGAUAUUAGAGGAAGGAACUCUGCACUUCACAGGUGGUCCCAUGAAGCCAGAUUUCGGGUUCUUGGCUUUCAGUGGCAUUGCCAGAUUGACCUGGUUGACUGAACUUUUCGGAGAGCUCACAGUUACUGCAGGAUCUUUGGUGGAUGAUAAAGAGAAAAAAUACACGAAGAUGACGGCACACUUCCUAACCCAACAGCAGAAACCCCUUACAUGGAUCGAAGAACGGGGUCCAGGACUGGGAAGAGCCAAGCACAUGAAUUUUCGCUUUCUGGAUUGCACCAUUACAGAGCUCCCAGCUGGUCAGAGAGAGCCGGUGGGGCUGUUCAUGCAGGAUAUGGUGCUGUUUGGCAGGAAGCUGCUUGGAGAGGUGCCCGUUGUGGAGCUCCAUACGGAGAAGAGGAGGAUCCUGCACUGUCUGGAGCUGGCAGACCGGAUUCGCCAGCUCAGUGAAAACACUCAGGCCUGAACCUGUGCAGAUAAACAGCCUUAUCUGCAUGUUCACAAAUGACCUAUUAUGGGCAUGAGCCAUUGUUCAGCUGAAGGUCUUCUGUUGUUGAGUGUAACAAAUAUUUGAUCCAAAAAUGAAAGUUCAUUCAUUUUGUACUCACCUUCAUGUUGCUCAAACCCUGCAUCUAUCCAUACAAUAAAAGUGGAUGGUGGCUGUUAAGCUUCAAAAAUGAUAAAAAAAUAACCAUAAAAGUGCGACUUAUAAAGUGUGACAAUUAUUUUUAUUGACAUAAAAGUGUGACAAAUUAGUGAUUUAAAUUACAUACUGCCAUAUACAUGUAUAAUGCGGGAAAUAUGGCAACUGUGAAAGAAAAUGUGUAUUUGGUAUUUACGGCAUUUUUCACACUGUUUUCUUUGAAUCUGAGCAUAACUGAGCCAAACCCGUCUGUCACAGGACAGAUAGUCUAAGAAACCUAAUUUCAGUCAUAACUGAUAGACAAGUUUUGACAAAAGAUUUAGUCGCUGUUUUGCCUUUGCGACUGGAUAAUUAUUUGUCAUUUUUGAAGCUUGACAGCCAAUGGUCACCAUCUACCUUCAUUAUAUAGAAGAGAGCAGCUGGGACAUUCAGCUAGAUAACUCCUUGUCCGUUCCACGGGACAAGAAAAUUAUACAGGUUUGCAGCGACAUCGUGAGAGAUAAUUACAACUCUUUUGUUUGCAGGACUAUAUUCGAUUAUUUGAGACUUGCAAAUAUCAAUGAUUAAAAGAUGAUUGUGAUUAAUAUCAGCGUAAAAUCAAAGUUUUAAGUCCGAUUUGGACAUUGAAUGUAAUUCUUUUAAGUAUAACUAGUAAAUCUGACUAGCUACAGUAUAUCAGAAUAUGCAGUAAGAGCACAUUCCUUAUUCCUAAGUGUGAUUUGUAGUGUUACUGAUUAACGUUACAAAUCUACUGAAAGGGAAAACGUACAUAGAUCGGCAUUUUGUACUUGUGUAUCUAAUUACAGUACUACUUAUGUUUUAUUUGGUUACUCUAUUCUUGUCAUAUAGUAUGUUGUUUGUUGGUUUCAUGCUGUGGCAAAACACUUCUGUGCGCUGUAGGAGAACUCCAGGAAGUGCAUAUGGGUUGGGGAGUAAGGAAAUAUAAUGGGAUUACAUAUUUAAAAUACAAAAUAUUAGUAACUCUAUUCCACUACAGUUACAAUUUAAAUAAUUGGUAAUUAGAAUUCAGUUACAUUCAAAAAGUAUUUUGAUUACUGAAGAGAUUACUUUGCAUUUUAUUGUCAUUUGUUUCAUUUAAUAUUUAGUCCUUUCAGAUGGAAAACAUUUAUACAUAUAAAUGAUGUGAUCCAAAGUGCAUUUGAACAGCGGUGAAACACUUUCUUAUGAUGUGUUACAUUCAUACGAGCAGAGAAGAAAGUUUGGAGCAGAAGAAAUAGAAAUAAACCUUGUGUAAAUUGUUAGCUUUACGCUAAGCUAAAAUGCUAUUUCUUGCCAUUUUACAUGCACAUAAUAACAGGCACAAUCAUAUUUAUUUAUCAAGAAAAUUCACAAUAUAUCAUAAUUUCUUUUUCUAGUAAGACCUUUGAUAUUAGGGCAAAAAUCAUAUUAUUGAUAAUAAUUUUUGUAUUGUUUUCCUGUAAAAAUAUCUAAAAAUCCUUAAAACACGAUCAGUUUGAUUGAUCUUGUUUUAGAGGCAACACUGCAUAAGAUAUUUUGGUUUUUCAGAGAAUGUAUUUUUAACAUGUGUAUUUUGUCUUACUGUACUGGCAGAGUUUUUAUAGUCAAAACACAUGAAAAAAAUCUACCAGUGCUGAAGAAGUAAUCCAAAGUAAUUACAAUAAGUUACUGACCUUGAAUAAUCUAGCGGAAUGUUACAAAUUACAUUUUACAGCAUGUAAUCUGUAGUGGAAUACAUUUCAAAAGUAACCCUCCCAACCCUGCAUAUAUCAUGGUCUACAUACAGUCAUAAGAAGGAAGGUUCACACUUUAUUCUAACCAGUUUACAUUCUUCAUGGUUUCAUAUUUGUGCUUUGUGUAUUGCUUUUAUUACAUAACGUAAACUGUGCAUGCGUCUUUCUGCAUCUCAAAAGUCUGAGUGCUCAAAAUCUCACAAAGUGUCCAGGUUAUAUUUCUCCCCCAAGUUUAUUCAAGCAUUAUAUUUUGCAUUAAUAAAAAAAUGAAGCCCAUUUUAUAUUGUUAGUAAUGUAUAAUUAUUCAUAAUUCUCAUUCUCUGUAAUACAGUAAUAAAACUGCUCCUAUCCAGACAAAUAUUUAUUUUAUAAUUAAAAACAUGUGCAACAUGAUAUAUAAAUAGUGAUAACAUUUUUUUACAAAUUAUGUGUUGGAGAAAAUGUUUAACUGUCAUGAAAAUAAUGUCACAAAUGAGUGCGCUUAACCAGACAACGCAAGAGAACCACGUUUACAUGAGACUUGAAAUCAUCAUGUUAUUGUCUGCUUUCAAUGUCAAAACGUAAACACACUUCCCUUGUGCUCAUUGGAUAAGCCAGUAAGAACGCCGCUAAAAGUGUUUAGAUGCAAUGCGAAAUAGGGGUAACAAUGGGCAAUAAUCUACCUGUGUUGAUUGGUUUUUGCUUAAGCCAAUUAUGACCUCACCCCCUAAAUGAAAUCAGCAAGAGUGCACUUUUAAAAUGGAAGUUCGGUCUUGAUUACCGGCUUCACUAGCUGUGAUCUUUAAAGUCUCUGGAAUGUCUGAGAAUGGAAGUACUGGUGUGCAGUGACAUGAUUUCUCACACAUCGAGUCCAUAUAUGCACACAAACCUUCAUCAUGUCGUCAUCAUCAUCAUGCUUGUUAAAAAGGACAUAACAUCCCCAACAUGGUUAUGACAAUAAUGCAACGAAAAUGUAAAAGGCAGAAAAAGGCCUGCAUGAAUUACAAUGUAUAGUUUACAGCCAAUGGUCAGUAACGGUGCCAAUCUAAAAGGGAUAGUUCACCCCAAAAUGAAAAAUUCUUUAAUUUACUCGCCCUCAUGCCAUUUCAGAUGUGUAUGACUUGCUUUCAUAUGCAGAACACAAAAAACUUUAGAAUAUCUCAGCUCUGUAGGUCCAUACAAUGCAAGUGAAUAAGGGCCAUAAAUUUGAUGAUCCAAAAAGGCAGCAUAAAAGUAAUCCAUAUGAUGGUUUAAUCCAUGUCUUCAUAAACAAUAUGAUAGGUGUGGGUGAGAAACAGAUCAAUAGUCCUUUUUUUACUAUAAAUCUCCUCUUUCACUUCCUUUGUUUUUGGCGAUUCACAUUCUUCGUGCAUAUCGCUACCAACUGGGCAGGGAGGAAAAUUUGUAGUAAAAAAGUACUUUGAGCCAUUUUUCACCCACACAUAUCAUAUCGCUUCUGAAGACAUGGUUUUAA